GUAAACCCAGAUCUGGGUUCUCUCUCAAACUUCAUCUUCUUCCUCCUUUCCUCCUAUCUUUCUCUGCUCGUCCUUCUUCUUUCUUCUUCUUCUUUCUCUCUCUCUCUCUUCUCCCUUCUUCUUCCUCUCUUAAACCCAGAUCUGGGUUUUAGAAUUGAACAAGCAAUUGAAGGUAUCAAAUCCAUAAUCCAUUCUUACCAGAUACAAUGGAAACAAUAGAUUAGACAGACCAUUAAUAUUUGCAAGAUCAUCCCACUUACCAAAUCUAAAAUGAUUGUUCUUAAGAGAGCUAUUUAGGAAAUAAAAAUUGUGGCCCAAAAAAAUCCCAGAAUCAAAUAAUAAUUUUUCUCAGUUCCUACCACUUUCCUAGCAGCCAAACAAAAUUUCUAUACCUAAGAGUUGCCAGAUCUAGCUAAAUGCGCACUGAACUUCACAAUGGAUCAAAUUCAAAACAAAAAUACACAAUAUUCACAAGAAGUUUUGGCGUCGACAUGAGCGAGAAAAGAGGCAAUCUUCUUCAUUUGCAUAACCUUCCCUCCAGUGGUCCCAAAACCAAGCGGCUCGUAGAUAGCUGCGGCGAGAAUAAAAGACUGGUAGUCUCAAAACCCCACUGCAUGCGCCACCGGCGAAUUCCUCUUGGAAAAAAAGCUCCUUGAAAUUGUAAACUUGGAACAAAUCCGAUAAGGUCUUAUUGCAACAGUACUGCAACCACCAGGAACACUCCCACCCCUACGUACACACCUUCCCUUUCACCGUCUUCACCAGAAUCUUCUCAUCAUCCCCAUUCACAAUCACCGCUAGGUUCGCCAGCACUGUUGUGGCAAGAGAAAGGUUUUUUUUUAUCCUUUCUCAAACCCAGAUCUGCAAAAAAAUGUGUUUUGAGCA